CCGCCCGCAUGCCCCGCGCUGCGCCGCGCUCGGCCGCCGCCCCCGCCGCCCCCUGCUCGCUCCCGCCGCCGCUGCUGCUGCUGCCGCCGCUGCUGCUGCUCCUGCAGCUGCUGCAGCUGCUGCCGCCGCCGCCGCCGGGCGCCGGGGGAACAUGCUCACCCGCGUGAAGUCGGCCGUGGCCAAUUUCAUGGGCGGCAUCAUGGCUGGCAGCGCCGGCCCCGAGCACGGCGGCGGCGGCGGCGGCGGCGGCGGUGGAGGCGGCGGCGGCGGCGGCAGCGGCUCGGACCUGCCCCUGCGCUUCCCCUACGGGCGGCCCGAGUUCCUGGGGCUGUCUCCGGACGAGGUGGAGUGCAGCGCCGACCACAUCGCCCGGCCCAUCCUCACCCUCAAGGAGACCCGGCGGCUGCCCUGGGCCACUGGCUACGCAGAGGUGAUCAAUGCCGGGAAGAGUACACACAAUGAAGACCAAGCCAGCUGUGAGGUGCUCACUGUGAAGAAGAAGGCAGGGGGCAUCACCUCAACCCCGAACAGAAACUCUUCUAAGAGACGGUCCUCGCUUCCCAACGGAGAGGGCCUGCAACUGAAGGAGAACUCGGAAUCGGAAGGCGUCUGCUGCCACUACUGGUCGCUGUUCGACGGGCACGCGGGCUCGGGGGCCGCGGUGGUGGCAGCCCGGCUGCUGCAGCACCACGUGGCCGAGCAGCUGCAGGACAUCGUGGAGAUCCUCAAGAACUCGGCCCUGCUGCCCCCCACCUGCCUGGGCGACGAGCCCGAGCACGCGCCGGCGCACGGCCGCACCCUAACGCGCGCCGCCUCGCUGCGCGGCGGGGUGGGCGCGCCCGGCUCCCCCAGCACCCCGCCCUCGCGCUUCUUCACCGAGAAGAAGAUCCCGCACGAGUGCCUGGUCAUCGGGGCGCUGGAAAGUGCCUUCCGGGAGAUGGACCUGCAGAUCGAGCGCGAGAGGAGCUCCUACAACAUAUCCGGCGGCUGCACGGCCCUCAUCGUGCUCUGCCUGCUGGGCAAGCUGUACGUGGCGAACGCCGGGGACAGCAGGGCCAUCAUCAUCAGAAAUGGAGAAAUCAUUCCCAUGUCUUCGGAAUUCACCCCCGAGACGGAGCGCCAGCGGCUGCAGUACCUGGCAUUCAUGCAGCCUCACUUGCUGGGAAAUGAGUUCACACAUUUGGAGUUUCCGAGGAGAGUGCAGAGAAAGGAACUUGGGAAGAAGAUGCUGUACAGGGACUUUAAUAUGACAGGCUGGGCAUAUAAAACCAUUGAGGAUGAUGACUUGAAGUUCCCACUCAUCUAUGGAGAAGGCAAAAAGGCCCGAGUCAUGGCAACUAUCGGAGUGACCAGAGGCCUCGGGGACCAUGACCUGAAAGUGCACGAUUCCAACAUCUACAUAAAACCAUUCCUGUCUUCAGCGCCUGAGGUCAAAGUCUAUGAUCUCUCCAAAUACGAGCAUGGGGCAGAUGACGUGCUGAUCCUGGCCACGGACGGACUCUGGGAUGUUUUAUCAAAUGAAGAAGUGGCCGAGGCAAUCACUCAGUUUCUUCCUAACUGUGAUCCCGACGACCCUCACAGGUACACGCUGGCGGCUCAGGACCUGGUGAUGCGUGCCCGCGGGGUCCUGAAGGACAGAGGAUGGCGGAUAUCCAACGACCGGCUGGGCUCGGGAGACGACAUUUCCGUCUACGUCAUCCCUCUAAUACACGGGAACAAGCUCUCGUGAACGCCGUCCAGAGGCUGGGAGGACCGCAGGGGAGAGCGCUGGGGUGCCUCUCGGCGGCAGGGCGGGACUUCCAAGUGAAGCACCCCCAGCAGAGUCUGGGGGGGGUGGCCCAGCACCGCAAGGUCGGGGGUGCUGCUGCUCAGGCCUCUGGCUUAGGUUUCCGUUUCCUCUUUAGCCACAGAUUUGGAUAAUCAUCAAGCGCCCGCGCCGAAGGCCGCUCCCCAAGGCUGCGUCCCCGUCAGUUCCUGCUUUGUGCCUCCCAGGUGGUUCCUGCCCCGUCCAGGCUGUUUCUUUGAUGGCCAGUGGCCGGGGCAGGCAGUGUUAGGUGGCAGCGGCGGCUCGGCCGACUCUCCAAGCCUGUGGAGCUGCCAGCUUCUCCUCCGAGGGCUGAGAGCACUGCAUUGGGAGGGUGGGCAUGGGAUUUCAGAAAAAGUGUGAGCGCCCACCUUCCUAGUAAGCCUGAGGUUUAGUUCAGGGAAAGCUGUCUCUGGGAGGGAAUGCUGUGUGUAAGGGUGUGUGUGUGUGCGUGUGUGUGUGUGUGUGUGUGUGUGUGUGUAGGUGUAUGCGUGUGUGUGCAUGUGUAGGAGCCUUCUGGUGAUGAUGAGAUAAAGCAGGAUGCUUUCUUUUUCCUUUUUGGCUAUUUCUUGUCACUGUCACUGUCAUCCUGUUGCUCAUCGAUUUGCUUGAGCGGGCACCAGUAACGUCUCUCAUUGUGAGACUUAUUGUUACUGUUUUUGGCAUAUCCAAUACACACGGGUAGCUUGCCAGGCUCUGCCGCGCGGGCUCAACACUUGCCAGGGAGAGCUUGCCGGGCUCUCCGAGAAGGGUGGAGGAAUCGAACACGGGUCGGCUGCGUGUAAGGCGAACGCCCAACCGCUGUGCUAUCGCUCCAGUCCGCUAUUUCUUGAAUCUUGAAUCUUGGUUUUUGGUUUUUGUUGUUGUUGUUGCUGCUGCUGUUUUUCACUUUUCCACAGAACAGGCCUGGGACUUUCCAGCUCCUUUCUGAGGAAUUUGGGCGUCUGUGUCCAAGCCCAGGCUGUCCCCGUAGCCAUGGCCGCUCCUGGAGCAGUGCCCUGGCCGCCAGUUGCUGUCUUUGUUGCAUAACCAUUUGUUCCUGCCUGAGUUGCGUUUUCUCCCCAAACCAGUGUGUUUUCGUGACCGAGAGGGGCGUUUCCUUGGCCCCAGAGUCCGUCUGUGGUUCAGGUGCUCCUUGUGUGAGCUCAGGUCUGUAGGCGGGAGUCUGGCUUUGGGUUUCUGGAAUGGUUGGCCCUCCCCACCCACUGCGCUGACGGCAGACACCGGGGGGCAAGUAUUUGCAAAAAGCCAGAAUGUAUCACUGAGACCGUUUCUCCUUUUGGACCCAGGAUUCCUGGGCCCUCCCCGGAGCCCCCAGCUAGACCAGGUAUGACAAGGAGUAGCACGGGUCCUCUCUCUGCCCGUCCUUUGGGGCCAGGAUGUUCCUGCACGUGGAUUUUAGUUCAGUGGGCUGUGUGCGCCGAGUUUCUGCUCCCUGGAACUGUGUCCCCACCCCCUGGGAACUGAGGCCUCUUGCACCUGUGCUCGGGGGUGCUCAGAAAAGCAGCCAUGGGAGCCGCGGCAGACGCCAGGUCUCUCCGCUGCUGCUCUGCCGAGAGGAAUUCUUAGAACUUAAGGUUUUGGUAAACGGCUUCUCUCUCCUAGGCUGAUCGCCAGCUGGCCCCGGGGGACCUUAUAGACCUCCUAUGGUAGCCUCACCCCUUUGACAGCUCUGCGUGAUUAAAAACAUAUCGUUUAGCCCAAUAAAGGGGAGGGGGAGAGCCCCUGGGUGUGACUCCCCCAAGUCUGGGCCUUGCCCCGCCCUUCCCCUCCCCUUGAGCCCCAGUGCUGGAGAUGUUCAGUUCUGCCAGGGUUUGAAUCCCUUCCCCAAGGAGAGAGUUGGAACCUUUCUUCUAAGAUAAUUGCCUGCAUUCCGAGAGCGGUUGAUUUUUUUUUUUUUCCCCUCCAAGAAGGCCCGGAGCCUUCUAACUCAGGAAUGAAUUCAUUCCACGGUGUGGAAACAACAAAGGCCGCGGGAAGGACUGUGGGAUGGAUUCCCACCAGGUGUUCACCACCCCACGGGCGGGGGAGAGCCUCAUCAGGCCUUGUCUUCAUCUGCAGCUUUCUCACCUCCUCCGGUAAAUCUUCGCCAUCCCAGAUGUCUCAGGGGAGAAGUCUGCGGUAAACCAUUUGCUUCUUUGGCAGAAUCUGAUGCUCUGGGAAACGGGCCUCCUGCGGCGGGCGUGGUCCACUUUCUCUUCCUGCCCUCACCCCCAGAGUCUCGUUCAACAAAUGGAAACUUGAUCAGAGUUUUCCAUGAGGAACUUGGGCUCACCUUCUGCGGCCCGCUGUCUGCCCAGUCAUCUCCUGUCCAGGCUCCCGUCCCCUUUCCGUCCUCGCCUGAGCAUCUGUGUGCGCCCUCCCUCUCUCUUCGGCUUCUUGAAUUUUUGUGGGGCCCACCAGUGCCAGAGUUUGGGUGUAGAAGUAGAGAUACCAGGAUAAGCUUCUCCUCGAUUCACCAAUUCACUUACUCAGGCAUGUCUCAGGAAAAAAAAAAAAAACAUCUGGAACCCCUACCCCUACUCAAUUCAUGCCACAGUCUUGUGCAUUUAGUCCUACAGGUGUUAGAAAAGUAUCUAAAAAUUCCUUUUUUAUAAGCCACUUGGGUUGAAAGGUCUUAGAAGCAAGCUAAGCCCUGUUUCCUUUGGUGGGGGAUGAAAGGAAACUACAAAUAAAGCAACUAAUUUUUUUUUGCUUUUUGGGUCACACCUGGCGAUGCACAGGGAUUACUCCUGACUCUGCACUCAGGAAUUACUCCUGGCGGUGCUCAGGGGACCUUAUGGGAUGCUGGGAAUCGAACCCGGGUCAGCCGAGUGAAAGGCAAACGCCCUCCCCGCUGUGCUAUCGCUCCAAUCCCGUGAAGCAAUUAAAUUCGAUGUGAGAAAAAAGGUGAUAGCAAUGCCCACAGAAGACCGACUCAGCACGGGUACUGCUUUGCGAAUUGAGCUUACUUGGUUUGGGCCUGAUUUUUCACUGUUGUCACAUGUCAGCCCGUUCCAGCACAGUACCAAACGAUUGGACUCUUGGAACUUACCUCGAAAAGCCAAGAGGUGACAUUCAAAAUUCUGCAGCGAACACACACACACACACACACACACACACACACACACACACACACAGUUCUGAAAUCUUGUAUCUGACUUAUAGCACACACACACACACAAGGUUCUGAAAUCUUGUAUCUGACUUAUAUAGCACACAUACACACAAUUCUGAAAUCUUGUAUCUGACUUAUAGCACACACACAUACAUACACACACAGUUCUGAAAUCUUGUAUCUGACCUAUUUAGCACAUACACACACAGACAGGGUUCUGAAGUCUUGUAUCUGACUUAUAUAGCACACACACACACACACACACACACACACACGGUUCUGAAAUCUUGUGUCUGACUUAUAGCCAAAUCUGCUUGCCCUGACAGCCUCAAGGGAAGACUUGCUUAAUAAAAGGCUUUCGGUUUCCUAGCCAAGUCUUUACGGUUGUCUUGGGUGUGUCUGGCCACUUGCUUUAAUAAAAGGCUCUUUCAGUUCUAAAUGUCUGUGGAGCGGGCCUCUGCUCUUCAGAUGAGUUGGUGACACCCUUUUCCUUAAAGUCACACUCCGUCCAUACUCUGCAGCCUUUCUCCCAGGCAUCUGAAACCCCAGUGUACGGGCUGUCAGUGGAGGGGGUCCUGUGGUCGCUGUGAGGGUUGGGAACUGCUGCCCGUACUUGGAAGAGGUGAAACUUGGGCGAGGCCCCAUACCCAGCUGUCUGACAGGACAAAGCCAAAAUUAGAAAAAAACAAAACAGAACCUUCAGUUCUUUUCCACAGUAUUACAUGUUGGGGAAUUUGGGGUGUUUUAUUAUUCUAAUUCCUAGCCACUUAACCUCCGUGAGGCUUUCUGACAUCAGCUGUGUCCACACUCUUCUUAUACUUCUCUGUACUUAUUUGCUUCUUAGGAUAAAUGACCAAUGUUGGGAGAGACGAGCGUCCCAGCACCUAGAUGGGACCCGUGGUUUUGGUCACUUGGGCCGGUUUUUGCUUUAUCAGCGGCAUCAGUGUUGAAACAUGGAGAGCAUUUCUCCCACACUUUCCUUCAGGGUCUCUGAUUAGCCUCUCCCUCACCACCUUCUUUGCCUACCUUCUUUCCAAGGCCAUGAUGGUCACGAAUUUUCUUCCCACGACCGUUGGAGGAUCUAUUCUUCCUUAAGUGACUCCACCGUUGCUCUGUUUUGAAAGUGAAUCUGUUAGACUUUCAUGGGCUUGUCUUCAGUAACUCAGUACGAUGGGGAUGCUUGGAGAAAUCCCAGUCGGUGCAAAGAACCGCCAGACUGACCCUAAAUGUUACCCAACUUAAAAAAAAUUAAAAAUCCUCACUCAGUCUAUUGCCACAGGACACAAACUUGAAUUUUUGAGGAACUUCAUAUUGCAGAGUAGUAUUGUGGCCUGUAUUCCACAGUCCAGUCUGAGAAAACUGUGCAUUUGUGCAUUUGGAUGGGUGAUGUGUGUGUGUGUGUGUGUGUGUGUGUGUGUGUGUGUGUGCGCGCGCACUAAGAUUGUCACAAGACACUACAUGAACAGCCCGACUCUCCUCCCGUGUGGUGCGGUGGAGGACCCGUCCGCCCUGAGUGCAUCUGGAGGGCCCUGCUCUCAUCGACAGCAUCUUCGGUGUAAAUAGCUUCUUCCAUUGUUCCUCUUCGUCUCUGAUGCUUCUUGGUUCCGAUUGUGACCGGGUACACAGUCACCAACUGAGGCGGUCCGGGCGGCGUCGACGUUUCCUCCUGUGUUUGAAGCAGAACCUUGAGUCCGCCCACGUCGGCAUCUUCCACAGGAAUUAAUGUGUGUUUCUUUGGGGAAACCCAGAGGGUAUCUUCCUGCUCCUGCUUUGCCUCGAUUUUCUUUGUUCCUUCUCGAGACCUAGGGACGCCCACCGUGGAGAUCAUUCGAAAGGAAUGCAUCAUGGUUCGGCUUUCCAAAAAUACCCUCCGUGCAGUGAACGAGAAGACUCCGCCUGAAAGUGGUUCCCAGGCCACAUUGUACCUUUAUGCUUUGUGAUUGUGAAAAUUGAAUUUUGUAACCACCCUCCACCCCCCCACACACCCCCAAUGAAAAGUCUAGUAAAUGGGAUCUAUUUUGUGUGUUUUGAAACCAAGGUGCAAUGUUCCCUGGAAAAAAAAAAAAAGCUAAAGAAAUGUAUAUGCUCAAUGACAUUUUAAAAUAAAAUAUUAUAUAUAAUAUGUA